UUCAGCCAGUGCUCCCAGUGCGCGCGGGGAGAGCGCGGGAGCGGGAGCGGGACCGGAGGCGGCGCUGCGGGGACAGUACGCGGAGCGGGCCGGGACUGUGAGCAUGGGGAGGAUAGCGGAUCGGACCGGACCGGACUGACCGGGCGCGAGUAUCGGCCGUCUUGCUGUGGGUAGCCGUGUUGAAGAUUGCAGAUUGCAGCUCUCGACUUGCGGGAGAGAAAGAGAGCAUUGAAGACUCUGGAUCAAUACGACUCUCUUCUUUUUCACCUCAAGCUGGCGUAGACCGUUUUUUCAAUACGACAUCGGGAAGGUGAAAUCCACCCACCAGACAUGCUGCGGUGCAGGAGGGGGGCUCCCCCCUCACCAAUACCCAGGGCCUUCCAACUCCUACUCUUCCUUUUUUCCCUCUGUCAAAGGGGUGAAGCGUUAGAAUCCACCCUGCACUCCUUCCAGACCUUGCAGACGUUCCAAGCGUUCCAGACGUUUGCCCCUGCCGAGGGUGGACUUGCUCACAUGGUCAUCCACAAUAAAACGGGUGAGGUUUACUUGGGUGCCGUUAACUGGAUCUACAAGCUCUCCAGCAACUUGACCAAGCUGCGUAGCCAUGUGACCGGGCCGGUGGUCGACAAUGAGAAAUGUUACCCUCCGCCCGGAGUCCAGUCCUGCCCGUACGAUCUCCUACAAACCAACAACGUCAACAAGCUUCUGCUGCUGGACUCAGGGCAGAACCGGCUUAUUGCCUGCGGAAGCACAUCACAAGGCAUCUGCCAAUUUCUGCGAUUGGACGACCUCUUUAAGCUGGGUGAACCUCACCAUCGCAAGGAACACUACCUCUCCAGUGUGUCCGAAGCAGGUACCAUGUCUGGAGUGGUGGUCAGCGGCCCCCAGGGUAUAAGCAGCGGUAAACUCUUCGUAGGAACGCCUAUCGAAGGCAAAUCGGAAUACUUCCCAACUCUUUCCAGUCGCAAACUGAUGGCCAACGAAGAGAACGCUGAUAUGUUCAGCUUUGUGUAUCAAGACGAAUUCGUCUCCUCACAGCUAAAGAUCCCUUCGGAUACACUCUCCAAGUUCCCCAUGUUUGACAUCUACUAUGUUUAUGGUUUCAACAGCGAGCAGUUCAUCUAUUACCUGACCCUUCAGCUGGACACGCAGCUCACGUCCCCUGACGCAAGCGCCGAGCAGUUUUUUACCUCUAAGAUCGUACGGCUUUGCGUGGACGACCCCAAGUUUUACUCGUAUGUGGAGUUCCCCAUCGGAUGCACCAAGGACGGAGUGGAGUACCGGCUUGUCCAGGACGCCUAUCUUACCAGGCCUGGUUCCAAACUGGCGAGGUCGCUCGGUAUCUCCGAGCGGGAGGAGGUGCUGUUCACCGUGUUCGCUCAGGGCCAGAAGAACAGGGCCAAGCCGCCCAAGGAGUCGGCCUUGUGCCUGUUUACCAUGCGCAAAAUCAAGGAGAAGAUCAAGGAGCGCAUUCAGUCCUGCUACCGGGGCGAAGGAAAACUGUCCCUGCCCUGGCUGCUCAACAAGGAGCUGGCCUGCAUCAAUUCACCUCUGCAGAUCGAAGACAACUUCUGCGGUCAGGACUUUAACCAACCACUGGGUGGAACCACCACCAUCGAGGGAAUCCCGCUCUUUCUGGAUAAGGAUGAUGGACUGACCUCGGUGGCGGCCUAUGACUACCGGGGACACACUGUUGCUUUCGCUGGAACCCGUAGCGGCAGGAUUAAGAAGAUCGUGGUGAACUCCGUCUACCAGCCGGCUCAGCUGUAUGAGAACGUGGCUGUGAGUGAAGGAAACCCCAUUCUGAGAGACAUGCUCUUCAGCCCCAACUACUUGUAUAUAUACACCCUUACAGAGAACGAGGUGAGCAGGGUGCCGGUAGAGAGCUGUGAGCAGUAUACCAGCUGUAAUGAGUGUCUGGGAUCUGGAGACCCCCACUGCGGCUGGUGUGUUUUACACAAUACAUGUUCCCGUAGAGACCGGUGUGAGAGAUCUGAAGAGCCCCUGCGCUUUGCUUCUCAUGUGGGGCAGUGUGUCAAACUCAGCGUCCAACCCAACAACGUCUCAGUCACCAUGUCUGAAGUGCAGCUGGUGCUGCAGGCCCAGAACGUACCCAGUCUGUCUGCGGGAGUGAACUGCUCGUUUGAGGAUUACACAGAGACCGAGGGGCACAUCGUCGGGGGACACAUCUUCUGUCUCACUCCCACCACGCGUCAGAUAGCCCCCAUCACACGCAGCAAGGGUGACAGGCAUGUAAUGAAAGUUUACCUGAAGUCGAAAGAGACGGGGAAGAAGUUCGCCAGUGUGGAUUUCGUCUUCUACAACUGUAGUGUCCACCAGUCAUGUCUCUCCUGUGUGAAUGGCUCUUUCCCCUGCCACUGGUGCAAAUAUCGCCACAUGUGUACCCACGACGCCAACGACUGCUCCUUCCAGGAGGGCAGAGUUAAUACGUCAGAGGAGUGUCCUCAGAUCAUGCCCACCACGCAGAUCCACAUCCCAGUGGGUGUUAUAAAGCCCAUUACCCUGCUAGCCCAGAACCUUCCGCAGCCACAGUCGGGUCAGAGGAACUACGAGUGCAUCUUUAACAUCCAGGGCAGAGUUCACAGUGUCACCGCUCUGCGCUUUAACAGCACCAGCAUACAGUGCCAGAAGACCAUGUAUGACUAUGAUGGCAAUGACAUCAGUGAUCUGCCGGUGGAGCUGUCGGUCGUGUGGAAUGGAGACUUUGUCAUUGACAACCCUUACAAUAUUAAAGCACACCUGUAUAAAUGCUAUGCUCUGAGGGACAGCUGUGGGAUGUGUCUGAAGGCUGACCCGCGGUUCGACUGCGGCUGGUGUGUUCAGGAAAAGAAGUGCUCUCUCAGACAGGAGUGCGCUCCGGCAGAAAGCACCUGGAUGCACCCCAGCAUCAGCAACAGCCGCUGUACACACCCCAAAAUCACCAAGUUGUUUCCAGAGACGGGUCCACGGCAGGGCGGAACAAGGCUCACCAUCACUGGAGAGAACCUGGGUUUGCAGUUCACAGACAUCCAGAACGGAGUCCGGCUGGGAAAGGUGCCAUGCAUUCCUGUAGAGGAGGAGUACAUUAGUGCAGAGAGGAUUGUGUGUCAGAUAAACGAUGCUACAGGGUACCGUGUGCAGGAGGCUCAGGUAGAGGUGUGCGUCAGAGACUGUCUACCAGACUACAGAGCACUGUCACCACGAGGAUUCACUUUUGUGACCCCGUUCUUCACUCGAGUGCAGCCCUCUCAGGGUCCUCUCUCUGGGGGCACCAGGAUCACCAUUGAGGGAAACCACCUGAACGCUGGCAGCUUAGUGACCGUUAACAUCGGUCGCCAGCCUUGUCGCUUUAAGAAGCGGAGUGCUAAAGAGAUCGUAUGUGUGACUCCAGCGGGGGGGAACCCAGGAAGCACUCCGGUGAUGGUGGACAUCGAUGCUGCAGAGUUACGAAACCCUGAAGUGAAGUUCAACUACACGGAAGACCCUACGGUUCUGCACAUAGAGCCGGACUGGAGCAUCGCCAGUGGUGGAAUUCCUCUGACCGUCAGUGGUACCAAUUUGGCCACCAUCAAAGAACCCAAGAUUCGAGCCAAGUAUGGUACUGCUGAAUCUUUCCAUAACUGCACAGUCUAUAAUAACUCAGUCAUGGUGUGCUUGGCACCGUCUGUGGCUCACUCUGAGCGAGGCAUUGCGGAGAGCGGCAGCAGACCGGACGAGAUCGGUUUCUACAUGGACGACGUCGAUGCUCUGAUAGUGGUGAACGAGAGCUUCAGCUACUUCCCUGAUCCUGUGUUCGAGCCGCUCAGUCCCACCGGCGUCCUGGAGUUAAAACCUGCCUCUCCUCUCAUACUCAAGGGUCGGAACCUGUUUCCAGCAGCGCCGGGAAACUCCAGACUGAAUUACACAGUGCUGAUCGGAGAGACGCUGUGUGUUCUGACCCUGUCUGAGACUCAGCUGCUGUGUGAAUGGCCUAACCUCACAGGCCAGCACAAAGUUACCAUCCAGGCAGGAGGGUUCGAGUACUCCCCAGGCACACUGCAGAUCUAUCGAGACGGCCUCCUCACCCUGCCAGCGAUCGUGGGGAUCGGAGGAGGUGGAGGACUCCUCCUGCUGGUGAUCAUCUUUGUUCUGGUUGCGUAUAAACGCAAAUCUCGAGACGCCGACCGCACUCUGAAGCGGCUGCAGCUGCAGAUGGACAACCUGGAGUCCAGAGUGGCCCUGGAGUGCAAAGAAGCGUUCGCAGAGCUCCAGACCGAUAUCCAUGAAUUAACUCAGGAGCUGGACGGAGCUGGAAUACCUUUCCUGGACUACAGAACAUACGCCAUGAGAGUACUAUUUCCUGGCAUCGAGGAUCACCCAGUGCUCAAGGAGAUGGAGGUGCAGGCUGAUAUGGAGAAGGCUCUGGCUUUGUUCGGUCAGCUCCUGGCUAAGCAGCACUUCCUGUUAACGUUUAUCCGCACUCUGGAGGCACAGCGCUCCUUCUCCAUGCGAGACCGAGGCAACGUGGCCUCCCUCAUCAUGACCGCUCUGCAGGGGGAGAUGGAGUACGCUACAGGAGUCCUCAAACAGCUGCUGUCAGACCUUAUAGACAGAAACCUGGAGAGCAAGAAUCACCCCAAACUGCUGCUGCGCAGAACAGAAUCUGUGGCUGAGAAGAUGCUUACAAACUGGUUUACCUUCCUCCUGUACAAGUUCCUAAAGGAGUGUGCUGGGGAGCCUCUGUUUAUGCUGUACUGUGCUAUGAAGCAGCAGAUGGAGAAAGGCCCUAUAGAUGCCAUCACAGGAGAGGCUCGCUACUCCCUCAGCGAAGACAAACUCAUCCGUCAGCAGAUUGACUAUAAAACACUGACUCUGCACUGUGUGAACCCAGAAAAUGAGAGCGCUCCAGAGGUGUCUGUGAAAUGCCUGAACUGUGACACCAUCACACAGGUGAAGGAGAAGCUGUUAGAUGCUGUGUAUAAAGGAAGUCCCUACUCUCAGAGACCCAAAGCUGGAGACAUGGAUAUGGAAUGGCGGCAAAGCAGAAUGGCCAGAAUUGUUCUGCAGGAUGAGGACGUUACUACUAAAAUCGAUAAUGACUGGAAACGACUAAACACUUUAUCACACUAUCAGGUUACAGAUGGAUCAGUUAUCGCUCUGGUGCCGAAGCAGAACUCGGCCUACAACAUCUGCAACUCCUCCACCUUCACCAAGUCACUCAGCAGAUAUGAGAGCAUGCUGAGAACAGCGAGUAGUCCAGACAGCCUCCGCUCCAGAACACCGAUGAUCACCCCUGAUCUAGAGAGCGGCACCAAACUCUGGCACCUCGUCAAAAACCACGACCACUCAGACCAAAGAGAGGGGGAUCGAAGCAGCAAGAUGGUUUCAGAGAUCUACCUGACACGACUUUUAGCUACUAAGGGUACGUUGCAGAAGUUCGUAGAUGACCUGUUUGAGACGAUAUUCAGCACGGCGCACCGCGGCAGCGCCCUCCCCCUCGCCAUUAAAUACAUGUUUGACUUCCUGGAUGAACAGGCAGACAAACACCAGAUCACAGACGCAGAUGUGCGGCACACGUGGAAGAGUAACUGUUUGCCUUUGAGGUUUUGGGUGAAUGUGAUCAAGAAUCCUCAGUUUGUGUUUGACAUCCACAAGAACAGCAUUACGGACGCCUGUCUGUCUGUGGUGGCCCAGACUUUCAUGGACUCAUGUUCUACUUCAGAACACAAACUGGGCAAAGACUCGCCUUCUAAUAAGCUGCUCUAUGCUAAAGACAUCCCCAACUAUAAGAGCUGGGUAGAGAGAUAUUAUGCGGAUAUCUCCCGCAUGCCGACCAUCAGUGAUCAGGAUAUGAGUGCGUAUCUGGCAGAGCAGUCUAGACUUCACGUUAACCAGUUCAACAGCAUCAGCGCUCUCCAUGAGAUUUACUCUUACAUCAUCAAAUACAAAGAUGAGAUCCUCUCUGCACUACAGAAAGAUGAGCAGGCUCGGAGGCAGAGGCUGCGCAGCAAACUCGAGCAGGUCAUCGACACCAUGGCUCUGUCCAGCUGAGGACCGUCUUCCUCGCUGCCUUUAAAUCAUCCAACACAGACUUACAGACUAACAGACUGCACGAUGGAGGCAGCCCACUGGAGACCCUCGCGGCCCAGGAGGAGAGGCAUUCUUAUCAGCUCCCCUGUACUCAGAGCGGGACGUCCCAACUUUUUAUUUAUUUAUUAUUAUUAUUAUUAUUAAGGGUCCAAGCAAAAAACUCUUUUUGUUCGGAUUAUUAUUAUUAUUAUUAUUAUUAUUAUUAUUAUU